AAAAUCAAAUGACUCGGACUCGAGACCAAAAAAAACCUGAUCAAGACAUCCCGAAUAUAUUUACAUAUUUUAGAAUGUAAAGUCUGGAACAAAUGGAAAUCCACAAAUAGGGAACGUAAUCAUAUGAAGUAGCAGUAAAAAUGAAAGAAACAGGUUCCUGCUUUUAAUGUUAUCUUAAUGUCAGAACUUUCAGUCCUCCUCCCAAUCCCCCCAUUUACAAGAAACCACAUGGAGGAAUGUUUCCUCCCCCCCUCAUGAUGACCUGCAGCAUAUAAAAGUGCAUCUUUGGUCAGUUCUGAACACACUGCUGCUGUGCUGUUGUUGCUGAUCCUCAGGAUUUGACAAGAAUCGUGAGUAUAAUUAAAAAAAAAUACUUAAAACAGCGAGAGUAAGACUUUCACCCUUUCAUAUCCAGUUAUAUUUUAAUGUUGGCUUUUAAUGUUGACAGACGAGUUAAUAAUUAACGAUGAGUGCAUCCAGACUCCGGGAAAGUGAAGUGCGAAUCGCACACUCUCUGAACAGGAAUGAGGAGCAGUUUGUGGUUAAAAGGAGAAAAGAUGUUCUGCAAAGCCUGGCGAGACUCGGGAUACGCUGCAGUCAGGAUAAAGUGCCAAACAUUGCAUUACUGGGUUCUGGAGGAGGACAAAGAGCCAUGGUGGGAUUGCUGGGAUGCCUGGAUCAGCUUGAUAAAGCAGGUCUUCUGGACUGUGUGCUCUAUCUGAGCGGAGUCUCUGGAUCCACCUGGUGCAUGGCCUCCUUAUAUCAGGAACCAGACUGGUCCACUAAACUACAGACGGUCAAAGACAGAAUCUUCAGGAGAAUCAGCGGUCCUGCAGUCAGCUGGUCAGAUGCAUAUGCCAAAAUGAAGGAAUAUUACAGUGAGAAAGACUACUUCACCUUGACUGACGUCUGGGCAGUGCUGGUCGUCACAACAUUUGUGAAAGAGAUUGACGAGAGCACACUCAGUGACCAGCGGGAGCAGCACAAGAAAGACCCGUUUCCCAUCUUCACCGUGAUCGACAAGCAGUGCAAACAGUCUGGAGAUGGAGACCCCUGGUUCGAGAUCACUCCUCGUGAAACAGGUUAUUCCCUCACUGGAGCAUUUGUGAGCUCUCCCAGCUUCUGCAGCCAGUUUGAGAACGGCAGUAAGGUCAAGCGUCAGCCUGAAGUGGACAUGCUGUACCUGCAAGCUCUGUGUGGCAGCGCUUUAGCAGAUGGAGUAGAGAUUGCUAAAUUCCUCUGGGAAAAAAUCAAAGAGUUCUUUAGACAUUUACUUCGUGUGAUGAUUGAGGAAAUGGAGAGAGAAGACCCAAUGUUUGGACCUAUACAGAAGUGUUCACAGGUGCUCCUGGAGCUAGCAGACAUGAAUAUCUGUGUUUUGAAUGGCCAAAACCCCACUGCUUUGGAUAGAUCCAUCAGAAUAAAGCUGAAAGAGCUCUCUGGAGGCAAACGUCAAUUCAUUUUUCAAGUGGAAAAACUGAUUGUCCCUGAUAAAAGAGAUGCAAGACUGAAUAUGAAUCAGUACACUUUGGAUGUAUGCACAUACUUGCAGAGUUUGCAAUUGGAAUGGCCUGUAGAUAUUAGCAUGUGGAUGCGCAUUAAUGUAUGCAUGGCUUUGUGGAUCUGGGGCAGGAAUUAUAACUUUCUCCACAACAUGACAGAUAGAGCAAUUCCCCCUGCUCUGCGGACAAGUGAUACCAGAGACUAUGAAGAUGCCGGGCUGUUGCUGAACUCACCCUACCUCUCAGUGCUGAGAAAAGAAAGAAACACAGACCUCAUCAUUUCUCUGGAUUUCAGUGAAGGCGAUCCUUUCAUGACAGUGAGAGGAGCUGCGGAGACGUGCAGGAAGCUAAACAUCCCUUUCCCUCAAGUCAACAUUCCUGAUCAAGACAUCGAGAAACCAAAGGACUUCUAUGUGUUUAAAGGCAUAAACACUCCAACCGUGAUUCACAUCCCUCUCUUUAAUGUGGUCAACUGUGGAGAUCAACUUGAGGAUUGGAGGAAUGAAUAUACCACAAAUCAAAGAGCUUACAGCACACAGAAGAUCACGGAUCUAAUGACCGUCGCUGGAAAAAACAUCUCAAACAACAAAGGAAGACUGAUGCAGCAGAUCAGAGCCAUCAUUGAGUAAAAGUGGCCCAAAUGAUGAUCUGAACACCAGGGGUCCGUUCUUCGUACGUGGAUUACUCAAUUAGCUGGAUUUAGAUGUUGACGAUUUGACACGAUCCAGGAUCGUUUCGUUCUUCAAAGCUGAUCCAAGAGUUGUUGUCAUAGCAACAGUUCUGGUAGAUCAAACCUGGAAGGCAACAGGCUCAAUUCAUAUAAACAGGAUUAGAUCGGCUCAGUUCAU